AUUCGAGCAUAUGGCAGUAAAAUACAGACCGUUAGAAUUCGCAACGAGAUCAGGUAGAAAACUAUCAUCUGCCGAUCCGAUCAUACAAUAUAAAGAACGAUAAAAGUAGUAGUGGUGGUAACUGCGAAAAACGUAGUGGGAGCACAUUAAACGCAUUUAACUCCGUUGUUCCCUCGGAUCAGGCUCCACUCUCUCAGUUCGAAUGAAACGGGUUCUCAGCAGGAUGUUCAAGUAUAACAUAGCAUCGUGUGUUCUCUUGCUAUAUCUUCUAUGCGUCACGCAUAGUUUCGAAAGAAGAUGGUCUCAGGAAAGCUUCAGAAAACGAACAUCAAAUGAAUUUGACGUCCUGAUAUUUACUCAGCGAUGGCCAUUGACAGCUUGUUUCGUAUGGACAAAAAAUUCCGAAAAACGCAGUUGCUUGUUACCCAAACGUAACGAAUGGACCAUCCACGGAAUUUGGCCCACGAAAUACAACACAAUAGGUCCACAAUAUUGUAAUAGCUCGAUGCCAUUUGAUAAAAACGCUCUGGCGCCUUUAGAAAGUGAAUUAAAAGAAAAAUGGAUCGAUAUCCAAAAUGGAUCUACACCUUACUCGUUCUGGAAACAUGAAUGGGAUAAACAUGGCACCUGUGCACUCACAGUAAAAGCUUUAAAUAGUGAAUUUAAUUAUUUUCGAGGAGCUCUAAAUUUACUUGAUAAGUACAACAUGAUAGACGUACUUGAGAAAGCAAAUAUUUUGCCAGGUAAAAAGUAUAUGGUACAAGAUGUAUUAGUAGGAAUUCAAAAGAUAUUGGGGAAAAGAGGACAAGUAACGUGUGUAGUUGAUGGGAAAACGCAUGAAUCAUACAUGAGAGAGAUAAGAAUUUGCUUUGAUAAAACAAUGCAAUUGGUAGAUUGCAAUGGCAUAUAUAAUUUCCCUACGAAUUGUAAUAGAAGUCAAGAGAUAACAUACCCAAGUCAUGUGCCACGUUUUUAUCAUGUAAAACAGAUAUAACGGACAUUACUGGCUACAUCAUUCCACUUUCUUUUGAACGAUCACGACUGCCGAGGGUACUAGGCCUACAAAUAAAACAGAAAAUACUUUAUAUCAUACUUAAAAAGAAAAAAAAAAAAAAAAAAGAAAAAAAAAAAAAGACUUCUUAUAAACAUGCAUAUCGCAAUUAUAUCAUGUUACAAUCAAGAAAACUGUAUAAUUAAUACAAUUGUACCAAUAAAUAAUAAGAAUUAUUGUGUAUUAUAUACAUUGUGUAUGAUAAUAAACUAAUGUAUAGCA